UUCCUGACACACCGCUCAGUUGAGUCUCAUCAGCACAGGAAGUAAAGCACAAUCCCAACAGUAUGGAGCUAUAACUCAUCCGCAUCAGAGCUGGAUGAUUUGAUCAGAGUGGAGUUUCCUCAUUCCCUCCGUCCUGAGCUGCACUUCGGACUGAGACAUGAACAUGGCCUCCGAUUUUGGAUACAACUUUGUUUUUAAAGUGGUGUUAAUUGGGGAAUCUGGAGUUGGGAAGAGCAACCUGCUGUCCCGAUUCACCAAGAGCGAGUUUAACCACGACAGUCGCACCACCAUCGGGGUGGAAUUCAGCACUCGCAGUGUGCAGCUGGACGGAGUGACCAUUAAAGCACAGAUUUGGGACACAGCCGGUCUGGAGCGCUACAGAGCCAUCACCUCAGCGUAUUACAGAGGUGCGGUUGGAGCCCUGCUGGUGUACGACAUCAGUAAACACCUGACGUACGAGAAUGUGGAGCGGUGGCUGAAGGAGCUGUAUGACCACGCCGACCCUCACAUUGUCAUCAUGCUGGUGGGGAAUAAGAGUGAUCUGGCAACCCAGCGCACCGUCCCCACAGAGGAGGCCCAAGCUUUUGCUGAGAGUAAAGGUCUGCUCUUCAUCGAAACAUCAGCUCUCCAAUCAACCAACGUCGAGAGUGCGUUCCUCCAGGUUCUCUCAGAAAUCCACAGGAAAGUGGCGAGUAAACAGGUAACUCGAGGCUCCAUCAGCGCCGUGACUCUCGGCACCACCGGACCCAUCAUCGAAACGACAGAAGAGAGCCGGAGCUGCUGCAGGAAACAGUGAAGCUCAAAACAUCAUCUUUGUAGAGAUGCCUCCAGCGUUACGAGCUUUAUACAGUCUAACAGUGACGCUGAUCCCUCGGCUUCGUUCCAAUACUGUUCUUCAAUGCACACUUGUCCACUUCCCCUAGAUUCAGUUCCUUUGGCCAGCGAAGCUUCUUCUUAUCAGCUUGAGUGAAAUUUGUUCAAUGAGGAUCAAGUUGAUGUCACAGUAUUCACUCCACUGGGAAACUCUGUAGAAGGUUUUGAACCUCCGAUAGCCAGAGCCAGCAUGAGCCAAGUAAUGGGUUCUGGACACUCUUAAACACAACUAGAACACAACAGAACCUUCUUUUAUUUAUGAGGGUAAAUCAGAGAAUCCAAUAGAAACCUUAAAGACCAUGAAGUUAUCCAUGAAACUUCCAUGACAGACCACCAGAACCACACCAAAAUCCAAACUGGAAAAUCUUGUCAUGGUAUCCAUCACAUUCCUGAAGGUUUCCAUUCAGGAUGUUCCAACAGGACAUCAGAACCCAUUAGCAACCAUUAAACAAACCACCGUGACACAGCACCAGAAACCACAUGAACCCAGUAGAACUCUGUAAAGAUCUCAUUUUAAUCCUCUUCAGGUUUAACUGGUUAAUAUUAUAUUCAGGUUCAUUUCUGUCACCUGAUGAUAAAAUGAACCAGUGGUGGUGUUGAACUUGUGAAAGCUUAGAAAGAUACAGUGUGAUGUAUUAUUUGCACUGUGUUUAUAUUAUCAUACAGGAAACUUAAACACAUGUUAGCAGCCUAGCAGUGGAUUAGCAUAAUGAGCUCAUGGGUAAGAGGGGAAAUGGGAACUUCCUGACGUCUGAGAUGGAACGAUUUAUUUAAACUUGGAAUUCUCUGUUUUAUGUCAAAUACAGGAGGAGAAUUGAGACUUUUGGGUUUUUUUUUAAUUAAAUGUGCUUGUUUUAUUUUCAGCACUGUUUUCAGUAAAUUAGCGUAGCCUACAUCCUACUUUCAAUCUUUAAAUAAAUUGAACACAAACUGAACAGCUUUACUGAGCGUUUAUAAACAGGUGUUUGAGAUGUUGUUAUAUGAACACAAACGAGCGCUAGUUUCCUGUGAGCAGCCAUUUUAAUCCUGAACGUCACCAGCUCAGGGUUGUGCUGAUGUUCUGUGGCGGGAAACAGGAAGUUCACAGUUUAAUAUAAUGUGAAAGGUGAAAACAUUCUCAUUUCUCACAGAGAAAUCAGCACCUUUUAUUUUAAACUCGCAUCUCAGAUUUGCGUUACCUUAGUAAAUACGCUAACACGUUUUAGCAAGCUUUCACUUUAAGGAAAAUCACAGCACGUUUUUCAGUCACUCAGGAUCGAGUGUGUUCCUGGUGAAUAACACACGGCGAUACACAACUGUGUGACGUAAAGCUUCGGAGUUGCUCAGGGAAGUGGAUGAAUGUGUGUUGAAUAUGGUAUUGGAACCCAGGGCGGGGUUUGGAUCAUGUGAUGGUUGCUGAUUUUUUUUAUUAAAUGUGAUUUUAUUUUGGAGCCGUAUAAAACACGAUUCGUGACGAUGGUGUAAAGUCAACGAUGUCAUGUGUGAUGUUUAAUCACGUUUCUGCUUUAAUGAGCUGGAACGAAGUUAUGUAUUUUGAACUGAUGUGACGCAGAGAAGCCGCUCCUACAGAAACGGUUUACAUGAUGUUCGUAUUGUUUUUGUUUGUUGUUUUAAAAAGCAAAGCUGUCACCACAAAAAAAACCCCUAAAAUUCUAAUAUUUUAAUAUGAAUUUUUUUUCAGUAUGAACUGUAGAAUUCUAUAAAUCUCAUUCCCACUGUGACAAUUCACCAAAAAUAAACAUUAAAAUAUUGACAUA